AUGUGGACAGGACUCGGUUGCGCACUUCUCUGCCUGGCUUUGGCCCAGGCGGCUGUUAUCCGUCCCGAGGGGGAUGCGGCGAGUCCGGAAACCACCACCAGUGUGGUUAUUGUGGAUCGGGAGGGGGAGGGGGAUGUCACCACCGAGGAGUCCGCCACUCUGGCGGGUCCUGCUUUGAGUCGCGAUGAGGAGGCCAGCAUACUGAUUGAUCCCGCCCCGGGCACUUUGGAGGAGGAUGGUGCCGUGCUGCCAGAGAAGUCCGGGAAGCUCCUGCUGCUUAGUACAUCGCCCAAGCGACUGCAUGAAAACGAGCGGCAGCUGGAGGAGCGGGACGAGGAGGAGGCGGAGGAGAACAAGGCCGAUGCCGAGCCAACCACAACUGAGCAGCCGAAGGAGCAGCAGGAGGAGGUCACCCCUGAAAGUUCAGCCGCAGAGAGCAGCACCCCUCCGACUACCACGACCAAACUGUUUGCCAUCGAUGCCACCCCGGCCGGAAUGGACUCCCCGCCACCGAAUGUGGCCGUAUCCUCCGCCCAGGACAAUUUCACCACCACGGCCUCGAUUGCCGAGCAGCCGCAGGUGCCCGGCGACAACAAUGCGGCCGUGGAGCUGGCCCUCGUGGAGCCGGAGGCCGAGUACGUGCUGGUGGAUGGCAGCCACGACGACCUGGACCUCCAGCUAGCCAGCUUCACGCACAUCGACAGCGACUUCCACUUGCAGCCGGUGGUGCAUUCCGUCGAAAUCGUGCCCACCAGCAUCGAUGAUCCUUUGAUUGUCAAUUACGUGCACAAUUUGCGGUGA